CUUUGAAGCUGCCAGGGGGGCCGGUAAGCCUGCCCCCUCCCAACUGCCCGCCCUCUCCGCCCCACCAGCCCCCUCCCUUCUUUCUUCCCUCCCCGCCCUCUCCCUGCUGUCCCCUCCCCAACGGCCCGCCUGCCCAGCCUUUAGCCUCCCUCCCGCCGCCUCUGUCUCCCUCUCUCCACAAACUGCCCAGGAGUGAGCAGCUGCCUUCCGUCCGCCGAACAGACAGGACAGACAGACCCACCACCCCAGCCUGCCAACUAGCCAGCCUGCGCCUGGCGCCUCCCCUCUCCAGGCCCAUCCACCAUGCAGCCUCUGUGGCUCCUCGUGUCUCUGCUGGCCCUGAGCCAGGCCCUGCCCUUUGAGCAGAGGGGCUUCUGGGACUUUACCCUGGAUGAUGGGCCACUCAUGAUGAAUGAUGAGGAAGCUUCAGGCGCCGACUCGACCUCAGGCCUCCCGGACCCAGACUCCGUCACACCCACCUACAGCGCCAUGUGCCCUUUCGGCUGCCACUGCCACCUGCGGGUGGUUCAGUGCUCCGACCUGGGUCUGAAGUCUGUGCCCAAAGAGGUCUCACCUGACACCACGCUGCUGGACUUGCAGAGCAACCACAUCUCUGAGCUCCGGAAGGAUGACUUCAAGGGUCUCCAGCACCUCUACGCUCUCGUCCUGGUGAACAACAAGAUCUCCAAGAUCCAUGAGAAGGCCUUCAGCCCACUGCGGAGGCUGCAGAAGCUGUACAUCUCCAAGAACCACCUGGUGGAGAUCCCACCCAACCUGCCCAGCUCGCUGGUGGAGCUCCGCAUCCACGACAACCGCAUCCGCAAGGUCCCCAAGGGCGUGUUCAGCGGGCUCCGGAACAUGAACUGCAUCGAGAUGGGGGGGAACCCACUGGAGAACAGUGGCUUUGAACCUGGAGCCUUUGACGGCCUGAAGCUCAACUACCUGCGCAUCUCAGAAGCCAAGCUGACCGGCAUCCCCAAAGACCUCCCGGAGACCCUGAACGAACUCCACCUGGACCACAACAAAAUCCAGGCCAUCGAGCUGGAGGACCUCCUCCGCUACUCCAAGUUGUACCGGCUGGGCCUGGGCCACAACCAGAUCCGGAUGAUUGAGAACGGCAGCCUGAGCUUCCUCCCCACCCUCCGGGAGCUGCACUUGGACAACAACAAGCUGUCCAGAGUGCCCUCAGGGCUCCCGGACCUCAAGUUGCUGCAGGUGGUCUAUCUGCACUCCAACAACAUCACCAAGGUGGGCGUCAACGACUUCUGUCCCAUGGGCUUCGGGGUGAAGCGGGCCUACUACAACGGCAUCAGCCUCUUCAACAAUCCUGUGCCCUACUGGGAGGUGCAGCCGGCCACUUUCCGCUGCGUCACUGACCGCCUUGCCAUCCAGUUUGGCAACUACAAAAAGUAGAGGCAGCUGCAGCCACCACGGGGACUGUGGGGGUCUCUGGGGAACACAGCCUGACGUCCUGAUGGGGAGGCAGAGCCAGGAAGCCAAGCCCGGAUCCAGCUGCAUCCAUCCCAGCCCCCUACAUUGGGUCCCUGACCCCAGCUCACUGCCCCAUCACGGCCUCUCCCUGGCUCCCAACAGUGCAGGUGGGCGCAAGGCCUGGCCCCCAUCACACACCUCCUUGGCCUCAGAGGUGCCCUUGCUCUCCCCCCCAGCCCCCCCAGAGACCCCCCAUGAAGCUUCCUUCUCAUCCACUCCCAAACCCAAGUAUCCAAGGCUCCAGUCCUAGGAGAACGGUCCCCAGGUCGGCAGAAGGGAGGGGGUCCAUAGGAAUGGGGACAGUGGGCUCUGCCAGACACGCACGUUCUGUUCCUCCUCCUCAUCCGCUUCCAACCUUUCAACCCUUCCCACCCCGCAGCUCCCCUCAGUCCCCUUCCAAGUCUGUGGCCUGUCCCCCCCCAGCGCCCCCCAAUCCACUGACCCUGGGACCAGUGCCCCCUUCUGUCCUCUCACUUUCUCUCCCUGUCCCUCUCCCUCUAUGUGUCUUGUGCUUCCUCAGACCUUUCUUGCUUCUGAGCUUGGUGGCCUGUCCUCUCCAUCUCUCUGGACCUGGCUUCGCCUGUCCCUCUCACUCUGCACGCUCUGACCUUCUGCCUUGAGCUGGGUCUGCUUUCUGUCUCACCAGCCUGCAUCUAGCCCCGGCCCACAAAAGCUCGGGGACAGCGGCCUCCCCAGUCUGCCCUGCCCAGGCCUUGUCCCCAAAGCUGUAUAGUCCUGGAGGAGGCUGGGAGGUGGAGGCCUGACACUCCGUGCAGAUGACACCAUCAAGCAGGGAGCCCUAGACAUGUCAGGUCCUGGCCCUUCUGCCCCCAAGAGAGGAGAGGCCCCACAUCCUGCCAGAGUCCCAGACACCAGUUUUCAUGGAACCCCCGCCCCCCAUGGCCAGGUCUCCCCUUGCCCUCUGUUCCAGCAUGAGGAGGGGCUGCUUCUGAGGUCGGUGGCUGUCUUUCCAUUAAAGAAACACUGCACAA